AUGGCUGAUGGCGUCCGUGACGAUCUCGAAGUUUCCCCUCGACCCGACUGCAAGUUGCUGGAUCGUCAUGUUGCCUUCCUAGAAGAGCACUAUCACCUUCCCCUAGAUGUUGCGAUAGAGAGCUCAGUUGAUGUCUUCUACUCUCGGACGCCGGCGGAUGGCUUCUAUCAGAAAAGCUAUAAAGGAGGUCUUGCCUCCAGCUGUUUCUGGAAUCCAUCCUCUUCUGCAUCUUCAUUCACUCUAUUAGAUCUAUCCAUUGUUCUAUAG